GAUUACCGAGAAAAUGCAGGUUCUGGAGGCGCACGCCGGCCCGGUGAUUUCUCCAAAGCUUCGGUCUCGGAGAGAUUUUGGAGCCACCCGGCCAGCCAAUUCUGGCCUUGAUCUUGUAUUUUGUGCCACCUGAGGCUGAUGGAACAGCACACAAAAGUCCCGCUUUCCUUGGAUGGACGCAUGCUCUCCCACUAGUCUUCUUCUUCUUCGCCCCGCUCCUUCUCCUACCUCUGCUUUCGACUGGAAUUGACGCCGGCUAGGCCAUCUUGCAGGCCUCGUACGCUUCGGCGGCAUUCUUGAGCUGCCGUGACAGAUUUCGGUGGGGAGAAGAAUGGAGAGCCGAGGGAGGCGGCCGCGGAGCCCGGAGCGGCAGAGGCCGGCGCCCAGGAAGGUGCCCGUGGUCUACUACCUCACGCGGAGCCGCCACCUCGAGCACCCGCACUUCGUCGAGGUGCCGGCCUCCUCCUCGACGGAGGGGCUCUACCUCAGAGAUGUGAUCAACCACCUCAACAUGGUGCGCGGCAAGGGCAUGGCCUCCAUGUACUCGUGGUCUUGCAAGAGGAGCUACAAGAACGGGUUCGUGUGGCACGACCUCGCGGAGGAUGACCUCGUCCUCCCGGCCACCGACGGCGAGUAUGUGCUCAAGGGCUCCGAGCUCCUGGACCAACCUUCUUCAGGUCAGUUUUACCAUGGUAGUAAUGGCAACCAGAAGCAGCAGAGCAGGCUGAAAGAGGGUACAAGGUUGCCAUUGUCAAGGGAGGCUUCAUUUUCCUCCUCCCCUCCUAGCGUGACAGUUAGAGAAGCCAAGCCACGGCGUGCGCCUUCAGUGCCCUCGCCGGACGAGGACGGCUCCCCCUCGCCAUGCCGGGGCAACUCCUCGGAGAACAUGUCCCCUGAGUCCGAGCCUCAGAGGACUGUCAUGUCAAGGGCUAGCCCCGUCACUCCGGCAGAAUUCAGGGUUUACAAGCCCACCGGCUCGAUGGAUGCCGCAACUCAAACCGAUGACCUUGGGAGAAGAUCGGCUCGGAAGGUACCUGAGAUGCAUAAGAAGAGCCUGAGCACUGAUCACGACUCGGUGGUUCGUGAAGUUACCGAGUACCGGAACCAGAGCUAUCCACGCCGAUCAGCAGAGCUCCAGGGGAUUUCCAGGGAUGUCAUGUCCCAGUGUCCUACUCCACUGAGCAUAGCUUCCACCCAUGGAAAGUCCGAGAGUCUAGAGUCGUUGAUACGAGCUGACAACGCUGCGACAAAUAGCUUCAGAAUUCCUGAAGAGGAUGACAUUGUUGUGCCAACCUGCCCGAAGCUGAGGCCAGCGAAUGUACUGAUGCAGCUCAUCACUUGUGGUUCACUUUCAGUGAAAGAUCAUGACAAUAUUGGACUUGUGGGGGCUUACAAGCCAAGGUUCCCGAACCUGAAGUUCCCCUCGCCGUUAAUUUCUCGCUCCAUGAUGAUGGGUGAGCUUGAUUACCUAUCAGAGAAUCCCAGAUUCAUAGGGACGCGAUUUGAAGAUAAGGAGUAUUUUAGCGGGAGCAUUAUUGAGACUAAGACGCAGAGAGACGUUCCCGCUGAGAAGCACUCAGUCCUUAAGCGGUCUUCUUCCUACAACGCAGAAAGGGGCAGUGACACCCUCUGUGACUGCGCAAGACCUGAUGAAGAAGAUACUGUAUCGCGCUCAAGGUGCCUACCGCUGACGCCGAUACUGUCGUCUUUCCUGCACCCGAAGAACGAGGUGCAGAAUUCCCCGAUCUCAGACUGCCGGAGGAGCUCCUCGGCCGGACCAGACUCCAGCUUGGCCUCUGGGGACGGCGGAAGCAAGAGGUUCACCGACGCCUCGGUUGCACCGGCAACAGCGAGGAUAGACUCCUUCAGGAAGGAGAAUAAGGAGAAGCUCGUCAAGAUUGAAGAAAGUUAAGUGCUCCAACCUUUUGUCAGUAGACUGGGUUGUCGUCGGGAGCCCGCGUUGUAAUCCAGUGUACCAUGCCAUGUGAUGACAGUGACGAAUGUUAAAUUCUGAAGCCUGACUUGCAGUUGCAGGCUUGGAGCUAAUAUAUCAUGGUCGCGUGGUGUAGGGUUUUCUUUAGACAAGUUACUGAAGAAAGUAGAAAUGCAUUGUAUUUCCGACCUAAGAGUUGUAAGUUAGGCCUGCAAUCUGCUCGGUGUAUUUUCUUUAUUUUCCUUUCUUCCAUGUCUUUGAAAUUUUGUUUUCAUCGCCAGUUGUAAGUGCCCAUUAGACUUAUGGUUUGUUUAUGCUUUCGAAAAUCCAUGCUCAUAAGCGCUUCUGCUCCUCGAAAGAACAAAGACGGUCUUUGGAAGACCCCAAAGGCCCGAACAAAGGGAGUUGUAACGGUUCGGAAGAGAAAAACACAAAGACACUGAAUAGAGAAAUUAGAGAAUAUUUCAGGCACGUUGUUGGUAGGUUGAAAGAUGAAGCUAGUGAUAUUAAUUUGAUGUAAUAAACGUUGCU